AUGAACUAUGGGCAGGACUACGGCCAGAAUAAUCAGAACCACCAGAAAACCCGUUCACGUUCUGAGACGUCAUUUUCGGAUAAUAUCUCACUGACAACUACUCGAAGUACUGCCACACAGGAUCUGGCAGAUUUCCUCAAAACAUCCAGUCCUGACGAUUUCAAGAGAUAUCUCUCAUCGUCUUCUGAAGAUCUUAGUACUGGCGCUGGUUCUCGAGGGGGAAGCUUUCGAUUCCUGAGGUCGCCGACACAUGGAAAUUCGCCCACAAGAGUAAAUACCGCACCCCCUACAACUGUUACUCCUAGUAAGAAUGUUGUUUCCAAAACCACUUCCAAGGGGAAGCCAUAUCUUCAAAUUCAUGUGGACUAUGGAGAGACUUACUUCGAUUCUCAAGCCACGAGUGUAAGUCAACAAACAAGUUUCUCGUCUGAGACAUCUUCAGAUUAUAAUCGAAACAGCAUGACAACCAGCCUCAGCACCGGUGCAUAUUCCAUACCUAGUCCCCGAGAAUCAUGUUCUGGCGAGCGAAGUAUCAGUCCUACGCUACCUAGGAAUGCUCAGGAAUCAAAAGUUUCACUAGACGUAGCAACCAUGGGUAGAUAUCAACAGUUUCUUGAUUCCGAAACCGAUACCAAAACAGGCACUACUAGUGACAGUGUUAGAUCGGUACCACGUUCGUACACCAGUGAUAUUGUUACUAUGGGAAUGGCAGAGAUGAGGGAAUUCCAGAAACGUGGGCGACUGAGGUCACCGCCCCGAAGUCCUUCUGGAGCUUACUCUUCGAGCGUCAUGGGGUCUACGAAGAGUUCUCCUCCGCGCCGUCGUUCUCGAUCAGAGGCCGCAGGAGUUGUUCGUCCAAGGUCUCAAGUCAUUUCGGCACGCUCGUCCAUGACUUCUGUGGUUUUUGAAGAUGUUACCGAUAUUGAAUUUGAAGUCACGACAAGUAGUGGCGCUCAUGUUCAACGCAAGAAGAGCCGAAAAACACCACCCAUGCCAGGUCCACCCCCAAACAGGAGUUUACCUUCUCUUCCAGAGAAUCAUAGUGCUCUGCGGCUAGACGAGGCGGAGGAGCGGCGCCCAACUCCUACACGCACACGUAUUUCACGAAUGUCAAUUACAAGCACAACAACAACCUGCCAAUUCGAUGAUGCAGAGUCAAUUAGAAGUGAUAGAAAGACCCGCGAAGAGCGUGUUAAGGCACGCAAGGCAAAGGAUAUGCAAAGGAUGAGGGAAAGGAGCAAGAUUCGACAGAAUAGCGAAUCGGGUGAAACAUAUGAUUCAAAUAGAAGGAGGUCUACAACUGGUCAAAGUACUUUCAGCGACAGCACUGACAGAAGAUCUUCACUUGCCCUCACUGAACAUCCAGCUUUAUCAUUCAACAGUCUUCCAAAUAGCCCAUCGGACAACAAGACACACCCCCGCUAUGCGAAAGGAUUUGACUCUGGAGCUUCGGAAAAUGCAUCGACACCACCAACACCAACAGUCACAGUUUCAACACACAACGUUUCGGCAAGGGAGAUAGAGAUGGAGGCACGAAUACUUGCUGUGGAGCGGAAGAAUAAGAUGUUAGAACAGGCUUUGAUGGCGGUUAUUCGGAGCACGGUGAAAGGACAGACCCAGCGGAAAACGGAACUGUUCAAGGCGAAUGAUAUGGAGGAAUUGCUGGAUGAAUUAAAUCUUGAGGAACAUCCAACUGUCUUGACGGACGGUCAAUUAGUUUGA